AUGAAUAACGCUGGUCGAGAUCAUCAGAGAAAUCAAAAUGUCGUACAAUGGAUAAUGAAUGAAGUGAUGUACGUAUUUGGAACUGUUUGGCGCGUGUUGAGACCACUCGUGGGAGUUGUUCUAGCGAUUGCAAUAGUUAUUAAGGUUGCUCAGUUGGUUAUACUACCAACAGCAUGUCAAUUUUCUACGGUUCGUGUACUUAUUGGCGAACAUUGCUCAUCUGUCAGUGAAAACAAUGGAACUUCCUCUUCAGUAAAGUUACCUCCAAUUGGCCCUUUCAUUGAAAAGAGUACAUCGUUAGCUGAAAUAUUAGCGAAUUCUGAUGUUUCUGCACCAGAAAGAAUGAUUGAAGUUAAACUUUCUAUAACAGAGCUUAUUGUCACACUCGGUUACAGUAAUAUUGAUUCAUUAGCUAAACAGGAACUGUUAACUCAUUUCACUGCUCUAAGAAAAUCUAUUCAAAAUACAGCUGAUGAAUUGUCUGGUUUGGCAGCUGCAUUUGAUACUACCAUAGAUUAUUUACAUUCUUAUGCUGAACAUGUGCUAGAACAUUUAACUCGAGAAUCCUCAUCGUCGAAUCAAUUAAUACACGACGGACAAAAAUCGAUUGAACAAUCAUUUAAUGACUACGUUUUAUUAGUGGAAAAGAAACUCGAACGAUGUUUGCAUAAAGCGCAAAAUACCCAUCGUCAUUUAAAUGAAAUUCAAGAACAACUUUCCACAAUCCGUGAUUUAUUAGAGAAAAAUAAGGUGCAUACACAAAAUGAACUGGACCAACUUGAACAUGAAAAUAUCUUGGUAAAGUUAUAUCGCUUCACAUUAGGCAAUGGACAAAUUGAUCAAAUGAAAUUUGAACGAAAUUUAAAUGUACUAAAUGGGUUUAUUAGUUUUGUGAGAUCGGUUAUUGCUAAUACGGAUAAUAUUGUUUUAAAAUUGAAAAAGUUUAAAAAUGAUGCUGAACAAGUAGAAGAAACUGUUUCCGAAAUGACGAUUCAAUCAAUAUCAAUUGAGGCACACAUUGAAUUAUUGCAAAAAGCCACUAAUCGUCUCAUCGCAUCAAAGGAAACAUUUAACGGGAAAAAGCGUUUAAAUCAACGCUAA